CUUUGCCACUCCCCAGCAGGCGCUGCACCUGCUUUUCCUCAGGUACAGAAGCAUUCUUUCCAAUUUUCAUGGGGAUGGCGGAGCCCUGGAGCAGCUAAAAUGUGCCAUGUCCUCCAUCCUAGAGAUCUGGCUGGAAUUCUAUUCCAUUGACUUCCACGAGCCUCCUGAAUUCCAUGCUUUGAAGUCUCUGCUGGCCCAUGUCCGUGUCAAUAUGCCGGGUUCAGAGGCGGAGCGUAAGGCUGAUCUUCUUCUGGCGCAGCUGGAGAAGCUGGAGCACCUGGAGCCCAGUGAGGCAGAGACUGAGGCUGAGGAGGAAGAGGCUUCUGCCCAGGCUGAACAACUGUCCCAAGAGCUAAGGCCAUCUUCAGCUCCAGCUCCACCUCCACUGCCAGAGCCAGAGCGAAAGCAAGAUCCUGAGCCCGAGCCCGAGCCCGAGCCCGAGCACGAGCACGAGCAAGAUCCUGAGCCAGAGCCAGAGGAAGAUCUAGAGCCCGAGCCCGAGCCCGAGCCCAAGCAAGAGCAAGAGCUAGACAGAGCCAGAGCAAGCUCACCUAACCACCCCUGAAACAUCAAAAGAAGUGGAAGAAACACCAGCACCCAGGGGAGCCCCGGCUCCAGAGCUCCCACAAACACCCUCACCAGUCCCCACUCCAGAGCUGUCCUUCCCCUUCCCUGCCACCGUGCUUGUCCUCGUUUUUGUCUUUGUCCUGCAUCUCCCAAAUUUUAUCAUCUUUUCUCUUCACUUAUAUCCCUUGUAUAAA